UUGAGGAGAUAAGAUUGCCGCCGGCCCCGCCGCCAUGGACGCCCUUCAUCAUUUCCUGACAGCUCUAAUUGCCCUGCUCUUGCUGCCGUCGACGGCGACGUGUGCCGCCGAGGAGCGGCCGCCGUGCGAUUUUCCGGCCGUAUUUAACUUCGGCGACUCCAACUCCGACACCGGCGGCCUGUCGGCCGCUUUUGGGCAGGCUGGGCCGCCCCACGGAGAGACGUACUUCAGUCAUCCUGCCGGUAGAUACUGCGACGGCCGCCUCAAGAUCGAUUUUAUCGCGGAGAAGUUAGGGCUCCCAUAUCUGAGCGCAUUUCUGGACGCAUUGGGCUCCAACUUCACGCACGGAGCCAAUUUCGCCACCGCCGGAUCCACCGUCCGGCCGCCGAACACCACCCUCCACCAAAGCGGCUUCAGUCCUUUCUCCUUAAACGUCCAAUUUUACCAGUUCAGCGACUUCCGCCGCCGGUCCCAGACCAUUCUCCGCCGCCGCCGCGCCGCCUCCGCCGAUGUUUUCCGAGCAUUGGUCCCUCACGCCGGCGUUUUCGCCAAAGCUCUCUACACGUUUGACAUCGGCCAGAAUGAUCUGACCGCCGGCUAUUUCAUGAACAUGACGACCGGCCAAGUCAGAGAUUACGUCCCCGAUGUGCUGGAUCAGUUCACCACCGUUGUCAAGAGCGUAUACAAUGAAGGCGGGAGAUACUUCUGGAUACACAACACUGGCCCCGUCGGCUGUUUGCCAUACGUGAUGGACCGACUGCCGGUGAGAGCGGCGGAGGUGGACAGUGCCGGCUGCGCUGCCCCAUUCAACGGCGUUGCCCAGUACUACAACCGCAUGUUGCGGCGCGCUGUGGUCCAGCUCAGGAAGGAUCUCCCAAACGCCACACUCACAUACGUCGAUGUCUACUCCGUCAUGUACGAUCUCAUCCGCCACGCCAAUGAACAUGGUUUUGUGCAUCCACUGCAGGCAUGUUGUGGGCAUGGGGGGAAGUACAACUACAAUGUGCAUAUUGGGUGUGGAGGGAGGAUGAGAGUGAAUGGGACACAAGUAGUGGUGGCAAAAUCGUGUGGCGAUCCAUCGGCUCGGAUCAACUGGGAUGGGGUGCAUUACACCGAGGCGGCUAACAAAUGGGUUUUUGACAAAAUCGUCAACGGGUCAUAUUCGGAUCCGCCGGUCCCGCUGACAAUGGCUUGUCACAAGAACUAGAUUGUCGUGCAAGUUGUCGACGAGAUUGUUCUCACCCUUCAUACCAACAUCGUUUCGCAUAUAUGAGUUUCUUUUUUUAAAAAUGUUGGGAAUCCACCACAGGUGCCCCUAUAGAUUUCAAUCACAGAUGAUUUAUACAUACAUAGGCGAUAUUGUCUGUGAACACAAUCUGUGUAUGUAUAAAAUCACCUGUAAUUGUCAUCUGUGGGGCAACCGUCGUAGAUUCCUAGCAUUAUCCUUGUUUCUUUUUUUAACAAUAAUAGUCAGAGAUACUAUUGGGUUCUUUUUCAAAUAAUAGUCAGAGAUACUAGCAUCUGUGAACACAAUCCUUGUUUCUUUUUUUAACAUCGUUUCGCAUAUAUGAGUUUCUUUUUUUAAAAAUGUUGGGAAUCCACCACAGGUGCCCCUAUAGAUUUCAAUCACAGAUGAUUUAUACAUACAUAGGCGAUAUUGUCUGUGAACACAAUCUGUGUAUGUAUAAAAUCACCUGUAAUUG